GUGGGUAUGAUGUGUCGCGUCGCUUCUGGAUCGCAUCUUUCGCCAUGUACUGAAAUUUAUAGGUUUGGGCGUUUCUCCGAUUAGGGCUGAAGCACCUGGAUUCCGUCAAUGGACGACACCGACGACGAAGACGCCGGAUAUCCUCCCGAACCCCGCCACCUCAAGCCUCGGCCCGCCCUUUCCUCGUCGACACGCCCCAAUCCUCCUCGUAUUGGUCGUCACUCAGCUGAUCUCGCCAGAGACGACGAGGAGGAGCAGCAGAAGCGAAAGCAGAAUUAUGCGGAUCGACCUUCAGACGACGAAGAUGAUGAUGUAGGCGGUCGCGAUGGGGACUCCAGCGGCGAAGACGUUGAUUCCUCGUCCGACAACCGCGAGAAGCGUCGGCGGAUCGAUAAAUUCGCUUUAGGGUUCGAACUUGCCCCGCAUGUGUCCGCUCCUCCCGUGGCUCCUUCCAAGCCUCCCACCCGGAUUUUACCGACGGAGUGGUCGGAAGAAUUGACCUUUGUCCUUCUCGAUAGCUGGGGUGAUCGCUAUAUGCAGAAUGGAAGGAAGAGUCUCCGGCCAGAUCAGUGGAGCGAGGUCCAUAAGAAGGUUUUGCAGAGUUCCAGGGUUCAUCGAACGGAUUCUCAGUGCCGGAACCGUAUCGAUACCCUAAAGAAGAAAUACAGAAAAGAGAAGGCGAUUUUGACAGCGGACGGAAAAUCUGGAAGCAAGUGGGUGUAUUUCAAGAAGAUGGAUGCCUUGAUGUCACUGCCGUCAUCGUCCCUUCUAUCUUCAGGAAAGCAGCCGCUGCCGCCUCCACAACCAAAGCUGCCCUAUGGUGUUGAUGCUGGAGAGAAUGUGUUUGGUAGUUCUUAUGUCCACCGAGAUAGUUGUGAUGGUAAUAGUGCAAUGAGGGAUUGUGUAAGUGAGGACGACUCUGAUGGGUUUCCACCAAAGAGGGAAAAUUUAUCGGGGAGCUCAGAUUCUUCCUUUAGGAUGCUGGCUGAGUCGAUUAGGAAGUUUGGGGAGAUCUAUGAGAAGAUGGAGAGUAACAAGAGGCAGCAGAUAUCAGAGAUAGAAAGGAUGAGGAAGGAGAUCCAAAGGGAUUUGGAGGUGCAAAAAAGACAAAUUUUGGAGAGAGCACAAUUAGAAAUUGCAAAAUUAAGUGAGGAACAUGGGGAUGGUAAUGAUGAAGAACAAGAAGACGAAGAUGAUAACAGUGGUUCUACUGAGAACUUGGGCGGGUUUAUCUCUGCUUCCCUCUUCCUCACUGCUUUUGUAUGAUCGAUCCAGUGAUUGCUUCUCUUCCAUUGGCUAUUUGGGUACUCUAUUUACGUUCAACAAGAGAUUCAGAACCAGAAUGUUGUGCUUGGAAGCUGUUGAAAUUUUUAUUUUCGUUUGAAAUAAUCUUAUUAUGUGCCAAGAAUGAAGAACAAUUUAGCUGUUGGUGGAUAGGAAGAGUGAUGUUUCCAUCACGUUGAAUAGCUACUGAAGACAAUGGAGAGUUCAUGACGAGACAUCAGUAACUUAUACAUUUGCAUGAUAUAUUCUUUUCUCAAGAGUAUCAAUGAAUUUUUAUUGGCGAUAAUUUUGCU